AUGAAACCAUGCAUUUACAACUCAGUGAAGGCGCCUACGGACGGACUCUUGGAUUCCAAGUACCUGCUCAAUUUGUCUGAUAUGGGCGCAGAGAUGACACGACAAAUGCGACUCAAAGCUGAUGCAUUCGAUGUCGAUGAGUUUAUGCAUCUCGUGUCGCGCUUGCUUGGUGCUGGCAUCGUGCCUUUGCAGGGAUCGUCGCUCGAUGCCGAGACCAGUAUGGAGACGGCCAAUACUGAGUCUUGGGAUUGGGCUAGGCUCGGUCGUUUGGCUGUUCGCCACUCGCGUCGCGUUCCGAUCGCUGAUCACUUGCUGGGUCCAUUGCAAGUUACACCGCGGCACAGAAAAGUCACACGCACUUCGCGCCUUGAUACAGAUGCAGUGCAGACAGCUCCCAGUCAACUGAAUUUGUCUGACAUGGCGCAGUCUGAAAAUGAGACGUCAAAACUCGUGCUGGACAUUGAGCGUCGUCUAGAAGCAUGCUCCGAUGGCGAAAAGGGUGUCAACCUAUUUCAGUUCGCACUAAACCCUCACAGUUUUGGAGAAUCUGUGGAGAAUCUGUUUUACAUCAGUUUUUUGAUUCGCGAUGGCAAAGCGGCUAUCGUUGAGAACGAUGAAGGCGAUCCCAUGCUCAGUAUGUAUAGAGAUGAUAUGAAGGAAAAAAUGUCCAUCAUGCUGACCAUGUUGCAGUGUUGUCAGAGGAGCCCACAGAUGAGGAUCGUCAAGCAGGAUUAA